AUGGAGCAGCAGCUAGUUGUGUUGAGCACUGUGGAAUUGCGACUGCGUCACACAAAACCAGCGAGACCGUACGCAGUUGGUUCGCGGUGGAUUUACGGAAAUGUGCACGCAGUGGUGCGAUGCACCCCGUGGCAGUCCCACUUGGAGAGUUGGCUGAUGCUUGGUGGCAGUGGGGAUGUUUAUGGUGGCAGUGUGGAAAGCGGUGUUUCGAAGUCGUCAGAGGACUGA